AUGGAUCCAAAAGAAAAGAGAGAAGAAAAAGGUGAGGAUCGUCAUGAAUCAGAGGAAGAUUCAUGUGGAGAAGGAAAAUCGAGUGAACCCAGGAAAGAAGACUCUUCAAACUCGUUUGUGAGUGCUGAACAAGAUCCAGAAGAGAACCCAUCAGAAGAAUCUCGCCGAAAUCCGAGGGAGAUUCUACGGACUAGCAAGGAAGAUACAGUGGGCGAUGAAAUCCAAGAACUCGAGAGCCCAGAGGAGAAGAUCCAAGAAACGGACGCGGAGAUCCCAGAAGAACCACAAGAAGGAAACACUGGGAUCAAAGUCGAGGGAAAAGAAACCGAGGAGCUUCAGACCUCUCUGCCUCCAGAACAAGUUGAUUCGGGUAAACUUGAUGAUCUUUUUACUUACUCUACUAGAGAUAUAGAGGAGAGUUCGGAUACUGAGCCUAGACUGAUAAGGAAAGGAACAAGAAGGCGUGUAGAUUUUGAUAUGGAUGUGAGUGUUGAGCAUCUAGAAUCUGGGAAGAAUGUGGGAGAUACAUCCAAACAGAUAAAAGAACUGCCCUCAGUUCACUUAGGGCAAGAAAAAUCGAAGGAUGCUGAAAUCGAAGUGGUUGCGGAUUCAGCAACAGAGAUAGAAGUGCUGAAAUCAAAAGAGGAUGAUGAACCUGAAGUGGACUCACGUGCACGAAAGGUUGAAAGAAAGAAGUCUAAGGUAAAGAUUGCUGAGAAAAAGGGCAAGAGUUCUUACUCACGAGUGAUGGCUGAACAGAGAGCACGUACCAGAUCUCAGGUUGCUGCAAAACCAGUGGCUACUGCAAAAAGUCCUAAGAAGAUUCACAGGAAGACAAAAUCACAGCCUGCGUUGGUGAUUGCUGAGCACAAAACCCCAAAGAAAGCUGAGAAAAGGAAGGCUGACCAGCAAAAGACAUGCCCCGGGCAAAAUCCUCAAAGGAUUCUGAGGAAUAUCGAAAGGAGAAAAUGA